GCAGGCACCCACCCCUUUUGGGCACUGGUGCGCCCCUGGUGUGCGCAGACCGGCGAGCGUACGCUGUUGUUGUGCUUGGAGCCGCCGAGUCAGUCAGCUGCCCGCCAGGCCAGGAAGAGGAGGAUGGCCGCGGACGCCGCCACCCUGACCCUGCAGCAGCUGCAGCCCCGCAACGCCAGCCCCAACUCGACCAACGAGACGGAGGCAUGGAACGAGCUCUUCUACCGGCACUCGCCCGGCAUGACGGCCCUCUACUGCGUCGCCUACCUGGCCGUCUUCGCCGUCGGCCUCGUCGGCAACUGUUUUGUCGUUGCCGUCGUCAUGCGAUCGCCGAGGAUGCGGACAGUCACCAACUACUUCAUCGUCAACCUGGCCCUCGCCGACAUUCUGGUCAUCGUCUUCUGCCUGCCGGCCACCCUCAUGUCCAACAUCUUCGUCCCCUGGGUGCUCGGUUGGUGGAUGUGCAAAACUGUUCCUUACAUCCAGGGCGUGUCUGUGGCAGCCUCAGUCUACAGCCUCAUCGCAGUCUCCCUGGACAGAUUCCUCGCAAUCUGGUACCCACUCAAAUGCCAGAUCACAAAGCGUCGGGCACGCCUCAUGAUCAUGGUGAUUUGGCUGGUUGCCCUGACCACCACCAUUCCGUGGGCGCUCUUCUUCGACCUGGUCACCGUGUUCAAAGAACAGCCCGACGUUCAAAUCUGUCUUGAGGUUUGGCCUCCCGGACUGGACGGCGACCUUUACUUCUUGCUGGCCAACCUGCUGCUGUGCUACGUCGUGCCCACCAUCCUCAUCUCGAUCUGCUACAUUCUCAUCUGGAUCCGCGUGUCUCGCCGCAGCAUUCCCACCGACACCAAGGACGGACAGGUUGAACGGAUGCAGCAGAGGUCAAAGUUCAAGGUGGUCAAGAUGCUGGUGGCUGUCGUCGUGCUAUUCGUGCUCUCAUGGUUGCCGCUCUACGUCAUUUUCGCCAGGAUCAAGCUGGGAGGAGAUAUUACUGGCUGGGAGGAAGACGUGCUGCCCAUUGCAACUCCGAUCGCGCAAUGGUUGGGCGCAUCCAACUCGUGCAUCAACCCGGUUCUGUACGCCUUCUUCAACAAGAAGUACCGUCGCGGCUUCGUGGCCAUCAUCCAAAGCCGCUCGUGCUGCGGCAACCUGCGUUACGACUCGACCUUCACCGCCAGCUACAACUCGAACAGCACCCGCAAGACGCUGUGCCAGUCGUCGACCAGGCAAGGCCAGAUGCAGGACUCGCUGCGGAAAGACUUCCGCCACAGCUCGAUCCAGCGCACCAAGGACCCGUUCUCGUUCAACCAAACGACACUGCGCAAGGACUUCAUCUCGCGCAGCCCGCCGAAAAGACAGGACUCGGCCACGUCGAGCCUGAUCCCGAGGACGCCCCCCGUGAGGCAGGACUCGGCCUCGUCCACCACCUCCUCGGUGGCCUACAUCUGCAACCAUAGCGGCGUUUAAGCCGUCGGCAGGACCGGCUCGGUUCUUCAAAUUGGUACAAUGUUGUAGCGGAGAGGGAUGAUUUUCUCUCCGGAGUCGUUGCGAAGGGCGCCAGUGCCUCCGUUUGGCCAGGGUGCCAGUUUGGUCACGUUCUUGUUGCGUUCCAGCUGGUGGGAUUUUGUGGCUGUGGCCCAGGAAGGGUGGCGGUGAUUGGAGGCGCUAUUUUAUUGCUCCGGAGGCGGUCAAUAGAGUGUGUUUGUUGCUCAAGAAUAUAUUCAAUAUAUGCUCACCGUUUCAAUAAUUUUCUACCUGCAUACGGUUUCAAGUAUUGAUUUUCCAUUACGUCCCCCAACAACUUUUAACAUAAAAUCCACAUCAAAGAAGCCUCAAGCAGCGAAACUAAUUAAAUUCCCUUGCCAAUAAAUACUGGGAAGGCCUGCCCAGAAAAGUUUGAUAUAUGCUGCUUCCUUUUCCACUUUUUAUAACACGAUAAAGUUGGUCGUCAAUCGGAGCCACUCUUCCACGAAAAUCAGCCCAUUUUUGAAUGCUGGAGAGACGAUAAAAAAAAUUGGAGAGAUCGUGACAACGAUCGCACUUUCGAGAAAUUUCAAAUCAUGCCGUCGCGAAUAUUUACUCCUUGUUAUAGAAGCCGAAACAGCGCAAUCCAACGAGGCACACUAAUUCAGUGCGCAGCUAUGCACGAUCGAGCGAGAUGUAGCGCGCGCGGCGAGAAUAAUUGUUAUUACCCAUCAGUGUAAUACCACGGUGUAACCUAAUUAACAGGGUAACAAAUCGAUAAACAUCACAGUACAGCUGCAAUACAUCUACACAGAGACGUCUAUGAUAGCCACUUACACUUUAGACACCAUGCAGAUAUCAACGUGUUUAGUCCCCUGGUGGACCCGAGACCAAAGUAAUAAUUUACUACACAAACCCAAGUGAAUCGAAUUUGAUGUUUGAGUAUGGCGUAAAUAAUAAGUACCACACCGUCAUAAUUGCAUAAUAAUUGAUAGGGAGAUUCUAGGACCACGAUGGAAGUCGACUCUCUUAAUUUUCAAGCAAUUGAAUUAUUGAUCUGAAUCGAGGCUUUAUGUCAGUAUCAACAGCGACUUAAAAUCUCGAAUUCUGUCCGACAUUUGCAGAAAUCCACACUGAGCCCAUUACACCAAAUGCAGAUUUGCUGGAAUCGUAAUUUAUCUUCUUAAAAAUUUAGAGAGUUAUGCUAAGGUAAAGAAAAAAUUGAUUGGAAUUUCUCUCCUGCGCGAAAGAGGUUGAGAAAUAAUAGAUUGGUUGUUAAAAUAAAAAGAAAACUUUUGGAAGUCGAUAGCGAGGUAUUAAAUUUGAACGACUACUACUUGAAACGAGGGACCAGACAAUAUUUGAAGUUUGGAAUGGCAUACGUAAAGCGUGCAGGAGAAUCGAAAAAUAAAUGGUCCAAGAAGGCAGACCAUAGAAAUCGCGCUCAUGAAAUGCCACGAAAAUUUGCUAAAUAAAUUGAUCAACUACAAGUCAUGUCGAUUUUUGUCCUCGUCGGUUUUCAAUUCACGCACUCAUGAAUAACCACAUACAACAGUUAUGAAGUGUUCACCUUAAGAAUAAAAAUCGAUGUUUUGGAAAAAAAGCCGCAAGAGCAAGCAUCUCUGUGUCAAGGUUAGCCAAAAAUAUAAUAGUGAUUAUCGCAACAUAGCCACGCCAGAAAAAAAGUCAUUUGGUUGAAAUGCAUCUUUUUGGAGCGACGGAAAUGUCUAUAAAACAGCAAGAGCAAUUUUCAACUCCAAGAGCUUAUACACGAAAGAUAAUAGUUAGUUGGGUGAACAUCAUAUUUAAAUAUGACAUAUCUAAUCCAGUUUCAUUAAUUUAUUCUGUGUGGAUGCUGUUAUCCAAGAAUGUGUCGACGUCUCAGAGAAUAUUCUAUUGAAGCUGUUGAAAUGGCGAUGCCACAAAAGUUUUAAACAACGAGUGCACAAAUAAAAAGCGAUUUUCGUACAAGAAGUGAGAUAAAGCACAAACCUAUUUAAAAGAGAUGAGUGCGAGUCGCUCACGAAAUUGAUGAUAACGAAUGUGAUGCUUGACAUGAAUUAUUUUGCUAAAACAGAUAUCCAGAAAUAUAAAACCUGCUAAUGAAUAUAUAUAUCAUUAAAAAUUAUCAUGGAAAACUUUAAUCGGAUAUGGGAAUGAGUAAUUAAAGGCAAACAUUGUAUUUUGAACAUGCGAGAGAAAAAAAUUAUAUAAUAUGCAUACACUCAUUUGAUCUAUUCCCCGGUGAAAUGAUGAUAAAAAUAAUUAUUAAACGAAUUUUGAGCACUAUAUGUGCAAAACGUUGUUGAUCUUAAAAUUAUCAGCCAAGAAUUUAAACAUCUGUUUCAUAAAAAUGAUUUUUAACACUACAGAACAUUGUUCUGGAAAAAAAUGUAUUUGGAAAAUAAGUUCAGUACAACACUCCUUAUGGCAGGUGGGCAUAUUUUUACGGGAGCGAUCCAAAAUAUAACAAGGGCAUUUUAAAAAUUAUAAAAAUAUUUUAACGGUUUUAAUCAAUUAAAUGAAAACAGAAAAACUCGCAUAUUACCCAACUGAGGGAAGUGCACAAUCUUAAAUAACGCUUUCGAAAUUUUGAUGCGUGGUAAUGAAAAAAGCUGGUAAUUAUUAUGAAUAAUUAUUAAUGUUGUUGUGAAUCCCGAAAUUGGAUGUUAAAUAAAAACACAAGAAAUAGACUAUUUGUUCUGAACGUGAUUUGAUGUUUAAAAUAUCUGCGCGUUACGAGACUCUAUUAUUUAUUCAUACCUAUUUGUGUGCUGAUAUUUUUAAUUUUACAUUUCUAUACUCCUGCAUACGAUUUUUGUAACCAUCUGGAUGCGGAAUUGUGCGUUAGAGAAAAAAUUCUUCAUCCUCUCCUAAAUGAGUUUGAAAACUUAUUUCAAAGCAGUUGUUAUCAAUAUGUCAAAGAGCAAAUUUGUUUGUGUAACAGUUUCACUUUCAUCUUUGUGUAUGAAAAUAAAAGUCAUCAGUUUGCUGCAACGAUA